AUGCAGGCCCAGCUGCGUGUGUCCAGGUCCGGCCAGGGCGCUCCUCGGGGCGUGCCGAUGGUCGUUUGCAAGGCGGCAAGCCAGACUGUCAAGAAGGGAUCGACUGUCAAGAAGGGACAGCAGGUCGGAGAAAUCCAGACGCACAGCAUGGAGGAACGGACAGCGAAGGUGCCCGUGGACCGCAUCCGAAACUUUUCCAUCAUCGCCCACAUCGACCACGGCAAGUCCACGCUGGCUGACCGGCUCCUCCAGAAGACCGGCACAGUGCUGGACCGCGAGGCGACGGACCAGUUCCUAGACAACAACCCCCUCGAACGGGAGCGCGGCAUCACGAUCAAGCUCCAGUCGUCGCGCAUGAAGUACACUGCCAAGGACGGAGAAACGUACUGCCUGAAUCUCAUCGACACGCCCGGUCACGUGGACUUCGGGUACGAGGUGUCGCGGUCGCUCGCGGCGUGCGAGGGAGCCCUUCUGAUCAUCGAUGCUGCCCAGGGCGUGGAGGCACAGACUCUUGCUAACGUCUAUCUAGCGAUCGAGAACGACCUCGAGAUCAUCCCCGUGAUCAACAAGAUCGACCUGCCCGCGGCGGACCCCGAGCGCGUGAAGAAGGAGGUCGAGGAGGUCGUCGGCAUCGACUGCUCCAACGCCAUCCUGUGCUCGGCCAAAGCAGGCAUCGGCAUCGAGGACGUCCUUGAGGCGGUCGUGGAGCGUGUGCCUCCGCCCCCGGACACGACGGACCAGCCCACGCGCGCGCUGAUCUUCGACUCCUUCUACGACGACUACCGCGGCGUGAUCGCGUACUUCCGCGUGAUGGACGGCGAGAUCACCUCGAAGGACGUGGCGCGCUUCAUGAACACCAAGUGCGAGUACGCCAUCACCGAGUUGGGUGUGCUGUCCCCUGCCCAGACCAAGGUGGACCGGCUGUACGCGGGCGAGGUGGGCUAUCUGGCCGCGUCGAUCAAGCAGGUGGCGGACGCGCGCGUGGGCGACACGAUCACGGUCAAGAGCAACCCGGCACAGAAGGCCUACCCGGGCUACAAGGAGGCUGUGCCCAUGGUGUUCUGCGGGCUCUUCCCCACGAGCGCCGACGACUUCCCCGACCUCCGCGACGCGCUCGGAAAGCUCCAGCUCAACGACGCGGCCCUGCAGUUCGAGCCGGAAGUCUCGAGCGCGAUGGGGUACGGUUUCAGGUGUGGCUUCCUCGGCCUCCUGCACAUGGAGAUCGUCCAGGAGCGUCUGGAGCGGGAGUACGACAUCGACCUGAUCAUCACCGCGCCCACGGUGCUGUACAAGUGCCGCACGACGGAUGGGGAGGACCACGUCGUGUCCAACCCCUCGGACCUACCCGAGGCCGGCAAGCGCGAGUACAUUGAGGAGCCGUACUGCCGCAUGGAGAUCAUCACGCCCAAGGACUACGUGGGAGGGGUGAUGGAGCUCGCGCAGGGCCGCCGCGGGGAGUUCAAGAACAUGCAGUACCUGACGGAGGAGCGGACGACGCUGGUGUACGACAUCCCGCUCGCGGAGGUGGUGACGGACUUCUUCGACGAGCUCAAGUCGCGCACCAAGGGCUAUGCGUCGAUGGAGUACACGCCGACCGAGUACCGGAAGAACGACCUGGUGAAGCUCGAGAUCAAGAUCAACCAGGAGCCGUGCGACCCCCUCGCCGUCAUCUGCCACCGCGACGCCGCGUACUACACCGGCAAGGGCAUGGUGGAGAAGCUCAAGGAGUUCAUCCCCAGGCAGAUGUUCAAGAUCCCCAUCCAGGCCGCCGUCGGCACGCGCGUCAUCGCGUCGACGUCGAUCCAGGCGCUCAGGAAGAACGUGCUGGCCAAGUGCUACGGCGGUGACAUUUCGCGGAAGAAGAAGCUGCUGAAGAAGCAGGCAGAGGGCAAGAAGCGCAUGAAGGAGUUCGGCAAGGUGUCGGUGCCGCAGGAGGCGUUCCUGUCGGUGCUCAGCGUCAAGCAGACCGAAGUGGAGUAG